AUGAGUGGGGAAAAUAGUAACUGCUUUAAGGGUGAUAAUUUUUCUUUUAAAUUAGAGCAAGAUACAUUCGGAAAAGGCAUACUGCUCAAACUAUUUUUCGAUAUUCCUUAUGAUAAAGAUGAAUUUUCAAAGUUUAUUAGAGGUACAACAAGAUCCUCAACCCCUUCUUAUAUAAAAUGUGACAAUAUAAAGUACCAUGAUUAUGAAAUUAUCCAAUUUAGCAAGCAAAUCUCAAUAGUUCGAUUUCAAAUUACAAAUAACAAAGGAAAAUUACUUUUAACUAUUGAAACAUUAGGAAAGGCUCAAGUGACAAUACCUCAACCAGUUAAACUUUCAGAAAAAUCACAAUCUUCCACAUUUGCACAUACAACUCUAUCCCAAAAGAAUAAACCAUCAAGAGUAGAAGUACCUGAACAAAGAAAAGAUAAUAAAGUAGUUAGUCUUCCAAGUACAUUUCCUGAAAAUCAUAAUAAGAAAUCAAAGUCAACAACUCCUGGAAAAACACUUCUAACUUUACCCAUUGUUGCAGACUCAUAUCAGAACCAAUCUGGAAUUAAAAAUAAUGAUUCAAAACAAAUUCCAACAAUUUCUGAUAAAAACAAUAGUGAAAAUAAAUCAGAUAAUGAACAACAAGUUAAAUCUACUCUUAAUAAUGAUUCUACGAAAGAUGCCAAAAAUAAUCAAAAAAUUAAUCAACAAAAUAACAACAGAUCAGCUAAAGAUCAACCACAGGUAUCCAAAAACAACCAAGUUCAGGAAGAUUUUGAUGAUCAAGAUUUAAUUACAAUUAUUGAAUACCCAAGUCAAAGGGAAGCUGAAAACCCUGAACAAAAGAAUAAUACGAAUAAUUCAGAAGAUAAAAUUGACGAACAAAUUAAAAUUUCUGAGAAAAAUAAUAAUUCUGAUCAAAAUUCAAAGAAAAGUGAAGAAAAAGUAGAGACUUCCGGGCCAGUAUUGAUUCCUAUUGUUUCUAGAGAUAUUGUACCUACAAUUUCUGAGAAAAAUAAUAAAUCUGAUCAAAUUUCAAAUGAAAUGAUAGAAAAUUCUGAACCAAAGAAUAAUACAGUCAAACAAGAAGAAGAAGGAAAUGAUAAAACAACAAUUUCUGGCAAAAAUAAUAAUUCUGAACAAAAUCCAAAGCAAAAUGAAGAAAAAAUAGAAUUAUCUGAACCAAAGAAUAAUAAAUCUAUAAAACAAGAAGAAGAAAACAGUGAUUUAAAGACGAAAUCAGAUAAAAAUAAUAAUUCUGAUCAAAAUUCAAGACAAAAUGAAGAAAAAGCAGAUACUUCCAAACUAGUAUUGAUUCCAAUUUCUUCUUCAGAUAAAACUCCAAAUUCUGAGAAAAAUAAUCAAAAUUCAACUGAAACUAAACAAAAUUCAUCAGAACAAACUAAACCAGAAGGAGACAUUUAUGCAGGUCCCACUCCUUUCUUAAUUUUAUCAAACAAUCAACAAAACAUUUCUUUACAACAAAAAGAAAAAGAAAAAGUUAAUUCUCGUAAUUCUACAGAACCAGAAAAGAAAGAACAAACUAAAAAGCCAAUGACACAUGUAUCAAAUUCACUUCCUUCAUCGAAAAAUAGAGAUGUUCAAAGUUUACUCCGCAAAAUGGGAUCUAAACAACAAUCAUCAAAUAAAGGAUCAUCAAUACCAAAAGUCACCAACAUAAUCUCAAAACAAAAAGAAAUUCCACCAAAAACAACUGCAAAUUCACAGAGAACAUUUGGAAAGGCUAAACCAAAGGACAACACUCAAGUUGAUGAUGAUACAACGCAAAUAGAAAAGGCACCAUUCAGUGUUACUGAAAAAGAAGAAAAUGAAAUUGAAGAUGUACCAAAAGCAAAGAUACAAGACUUAAAGAAAGUAUUUUCAUUUGGUUCUAAGUAUUCAAGAGAACCAGGAAAUUCAACUAGUAAGGGUUAUUUCGAUAUAGAUCAUGAUACAGAUGAAAAACAAGAUGAAAAAAGAGAUCAAAAACCACGUAAAAAAGAUUAUAAUCCAAAAUUAGAGAUAAGUGGAAAAUCAGUUGAAUUCACAGUAAAUUCAUCUGAAAUUAUCUUGAAAAAUAAUCAUUGUGACGUAAAUACACAAACAGAUAAUGUAGAAAACAAGUACAGAAAUACUCAAGCAGAUAAAGUAGAAAACAAAGACAGAAAUACACAAACAGAUAAAGUAGAAAACAAGGAUAUAAAUACUCAAGCAGAUAAAGUAGAAAACAAGUACAGAAAUACUCAAGCAGAUAAAGUAGAAAACAAGGAUAUAAAUACUCAAGCAGAUAAAGUAGAAAACAAGGAUAUAAAUACUCAAACAGAUAAAGUAGAAAACAAAGACAUAAAUACACAAACAGAUAAAGUAGAAAACAAGUACAGAAAUACUCAAGCAGAUAAAGUAGAAAACAAAGACAGAAAUACACAAACAGAUAAAGUAGAAAACAAGGAUAUAAAUACACAAACAGAUAAAGUAGAAAACAAAGACAGAAAUACACAAACAGAUAAAGUAGAAAACAAGGAUAUAAAUACACAAACAGAUAAAGUAGAAAACAAAGACAUAAAUACACAAACAGAUAAAGUAGAAAACAAGGAUAUAAAUACUCAAGCAGAUAAAGUAGAAAACAAAGACAUAAAUACUCAGAUUUCAAUUGAAAAUAAGGAUGUAAAUACUCAAGCAGAUAAAGUAGAAAACAAAGACAGAAAUACUCAAGCAGAUAAAGUAGAAAACAAAGACAUAAAUACUCAAAUUUCAAUUGAAAAUAAGGAUAUAAAUACUCAAAUUUCAAUUGAAAAUGAUGAAUUCGAAAUUCCAAGAGUAAGUCCAAGAAAAAUUAAUAAAACAUCAAAGAUAUCCGAGUAUGAAGAUACAAGAGAAAGCAUUUCACAAAAUUCAUCUCCAGAUCUAUUGAGUUUCACUCCAAAACCAAAUAAAAUCACAGAACCAAGUUCAGAGAAAAGUAAUGGAAAACUUUAUAUCAAAACAGAAUCAGGAUAUGUCGAAAUUCCUAAUUUACCAACACCUCACCAACAAUACCAGCCACCAGUGUAUCCUCCUUACCAAUCUCCUGUUUUUGCUCCACCUUAUUAUUAUCCACAAUUAAUGCAUCCUCAAAUGUUUUAUCCACAACCAAUGAUAAGCCAACAAAUUCCAUCAACUGAACAAAGCUAUCAGCAUUCUAUAAUUAGCACUCCACAAAUAAUGACUCCUCAACCUUCCUUGAAUCAGCUCAGCAACCAGAACAUGAUGAUGAAUCAAAAUAUGAUGAAUGGUCAAAGUAAUCAGAAUAUGAUGAUGAAUGGACAAAGUAAUCAGAAUAUGAUGAUGAAUGGACAAAACAAUCAGAAUAUGAUGAUGAAUGGACAAAGUAAUCAGAAUAUGAUGAUGAAUGGACAAAGUAAUCAGAAUAUGAUGAUGAAUGGACAAAGUAAUCAGAAUAUGAUGAUGAAUGGACAAAACAAUCAGAAUAUGAUGAUGAAUGGACAAAACAAUCAAAAUAUGAUGAUGAAUGGACAAAGUAAUCAGAAUAUGAUGAUGAAUGGACAAAGUAAUCAGAAUAUGAUGAUGAAUGGACAAAGUAAUCAGAAUAUGAUGAUGAAUGGACAAAGUAAUCAGAAUAUGAUGAUGAAUGGACAAAGUAAUCAGAAUAUGAUGAUGAAUGGACAAAACAAUCAGAAUAUGAUGAUGAAUGGACAAAACAAUCAGAAUAUGAUGAUGAAUGGACAAAGUAAUCAGAAUAUGAUGAUGAAUGGACAAAACAAUCAGAAUAUGAUGAUGAAUGGACAAAGUAAUCAGAAUAUGAUGAUGAAUGGACAAAGUAAUCAGAAUAUGAUGAUGAAUGGACAAAGUAAUCAGAAUAUGAUGAUGAAUGGACAAAGUAAUCAGAAUAUGAUGAUGAAUGGACAAAACAAUCAGAAUAUGAUGAUGAAUGGACAAAGUAAUCAGAAUAUGAUGAUGAAUGGACAAAGUAAUCAGAAUAUGAUGAUGAAUGGACAAAGUAAUCAGAAUAUGAUGAUGAAUGGACAAAGUAAUCAGAAUAUGAUGAUGAAUGGACAAAGUAAUCAGAAUAUGAUGAUGAAUGGACAAAACAAUCAGAAUAUGAUGAUGAAUGGACAAAACAAUCAGAAUAUGAUGAUGAAUGGACAAAGUAAUCAGAAUAUGAUGAUGAAUGGACAAAACAAUCAGAAUAUGAUGAUGAAUGGCCAAGGUAAUCAAAAUAUGAUGAUGAAUGGUCACGGAAAUCAUCAAACAAAUGGACAAGGCAAUCAGAUAGUUACAAAUGGAUUAGUUGUAGGAGGAGUUGCUGCUGCUGGUUUGGCUGCAGGAACAAUUUUAAAUUUCAUGUUUAGAAAACGCUAA